AUGGGGGAAGGGAGAGGGGGGGCUCUGGCAAUCGACACUUCAUCGUCCUUGGAGAGCGGAAAAUUCCGUGAAACGCCGUAUAUGUUUUAUCCUACAUAUUAUAUACAACAUCUCACAUAUUAUAUUAUUUAUAUUUUGCAGGUUAUACCUGUGGAAGAUUUUAAUCUGCAUUUAACCGGUGAUAUACACGCUGUUACAGCCGCUAACAAUCUCUUGGCCGCUCAAUUGGAUACACGCAUAUUUCACGAGAGUACACAAGAGGAUAAGCCUUUAUACGAGCGUUUAGUACCGAAAAUUAAGGGUGAAUAAAAAGUUUUCUAAAAUACAAUUC